UGCAAUAUGGCUGUCAGUAUAAAUUUGAUGCUUGAACAUGCGUUUCUCUCCGAAAAAUUUGACAAGUAGUCUGUCUAUCUAUCACCUUUUUCGAAAUAUAGAGCGUAAUGUGAUUUUCGGGGAAUCAAUACAGUGGAAAACGGCUAUGCGGAUUAGCUGAAGCGUAGCAGUAAAAUAAAUUAUAUUUUGAAAUCAGGCAUUCACAGCUGUUUAUUGAUCAACAUAGUUUGUAAACAUGACAUCAAGGCUAGACAGGCUAUUCAUACUAUUGGAAACAGGGACAAAUGCAGUAACUAAAAGAGCUGCAGCACAACAAUUAGGAGAAGCACAAAGAUUACAUCCUCAUGAUUUACAUCAUUUAUUGGCAAGAGUUUCUAUACUUUUAAAGUCUUCACAAUGGGAUACCAGAGUUUGUGCUGCACAAGCUGUACAAGCUAUACUUGCUCAAGUUCCUACUUGGGAUCCACAACCCAUUAAAAAAGAAACAUGUACAGAAGAUGAAGAAGCAAAAAGACCAAACAGUAAAUUAAAUUUGGAAGACUUUAAUAUGGAAAAGAUUUUAUCACGUAGUUCAUAUCUUACUGGAUCAGAAGGCAAUGAAUAUGAUUUAACAGCUACUGAUGGGGAGCAAAUGCUACUUCCUAAUCAAAAGGAAAAAAUUGCUGCUAAAUUAGGCCUUCAUCCACAAUUAAUGGGAGUUGAUACAUCAGAACUGUUUACCAACGAAGAUCUUACGCCAGAAGUAUUACCACCUGCAUCAAAUAUACAAACUAAUGUAUCUGUGAGUGAAACGCUAAAACAACCUACUGGCCUUAGUAGACGUGAAAUGAAUAGAGCUAGACGUAAGGCACGACAGACGGUUUCAAAACAACGUUCACGAGAACCUGAUGACCAUCGUAACAACGAAGAUUCAAUUCAACACAACAAUUCAAAUGCUCAAUCUCCCAUCAGUAAUGAAGGGGAAUCACUAAAUAAAAGAAUAAAAUUAGAGGAACUGAUUUCAUUAGAGAUUGGCGUUAAUUAUAAUUCACAGACUGAAUCAGUCAAUGGAGUACCAGAUAGUACUGGUUGCUGGCCAGAUUCUGUAAUAAAUUGGCCUCUAGAAUCAUUUGCAGAAAGUCUCUGUCAAGAUUUAUUUAGUCAAAAAUGGGAAAUAAGGCACGGAGCAGCGACUGCUUUACGUGAACUUGUAAAACUUCAUGGAAAAGGUGCAGGUAAAUCGAAGAAUCAAACUGCAGAGGAAAUGGCAGAAAGUCAUUAUCGGUGGCUUAUUGAUGCCGCCCUGCGACUACUAUGUGUUUUAGGAUUAGAUAGAUUUGGAGAUUUUGUUUCUGAUCAAGUUGUUGCGCCCGUACGAGAAACAUGUGCCCAAGCACUAGGAUCUCUUUUAUUACUAGUGCCAAAUCAAAAAGAUGAUGAAAAUAAAAAUAGGGGAAUUACAGGAAUACUUUCAGUCAUGCUAAAACUGUUAGAGCACGAUGAAUGGGAAGCAAGACAUGGUGCGCUACUUGCACUCAAAUAUUUACUUGCUAUACGAGAUGAUCUGUUAGACGACAUACUACCAAAAGUAUUUCCAGCUACUAUGCAAGGUCUUUCCGAUCCAGUCGAUGAUGUAGGUGCUGCGGCAGCAAGUGCGCUUAUACCAGUAGCAUCUGCUCUACCACGUUUGUUAAAACCAUCAGAACUAGAAGCAAUUGUAAUUCGUCUUUGGGAACUUUUACGUGAACAAGAUGAUCUAGCAGCAGCAUGUAAUAGUUUCAUGAAAUUACUUGCUGCUAUACUUUCAUUACCUUGGGCGCGCUCUUAUAUUACACCUCAGCCAUUAUCGCAAGUCUUACCACGAUUAUGGCCAUUUCUUAGUCAUUCUAGUUCCAGUGUACGUAAAGCCACCUUACAAACAUUACAAACACUAACUGAAGAUGAUGGUGCUCAUAAUGAGAAUAAAAAAGAACGAUGGGGCGAAGGAGGUGGACUUGUAUUGCAAGAGGCCCUCCGUCAUGUUUUUCAACGAGCGUUAAUAGAGCACGUAAUUGCCAUACAAGAUGUAGCUGAACGUGUUUGGGAAAAUCUAGUCGUACAAAGCGAUCUCGAACUUCUAUUGCAUGCAGCGUGUCCUCUUGUCAGCACAUGGCUUUGCCUUGCAAUGCAACCGGAACACGUGCCAUUUAAUCCGAACUUACUCAUGAUAACCACUCCUAAUAAAGGAGCUAAGAAUAAUCAAGUUUCUGGUAGUAACGACGGACAAUCAGAUGCUAGUAAUAACGGAGGAAGUAAUACUGUUGGUGGAAAUGCAAAAUCCAUAUCCGAAUUAAAAGUUUAUAUUGGUGGAAUCGAAACUGUAGCUCCAAACAUAAGGAAAUCAAACUUAACUCGUGCUCGUUGUAGAGCUGCACGAAUGUUAGGGUUGUUAUCGCAUUACGUAGUACAACCAGCACCAGGUGUUACUUACACACCAGAUAUACUUAGUCCUUCACUUUGUUAUGCUAAAGUAUUACUGGCACAUCUGAAUUCGCAUUCAGCAUUACAACGCACCAUUGUAGGUUUAACGAUGUCUCAUUGGGCGACUGUAAAUAACAUGAAACCACCUAUAAUACCAGAUAUUUUAAGGAAGAGACUAUUGGAGUGUUUGAACGAGUACGUAUACUACGAUGAGAUCGCCACAUCUUUUACUCGUCUGUUACACGACAGUCGCGGUUACGUUGCCACUCUCAAACAUUAUAACCUGCCUGUUCUUAUCAAGGUAGAACCAUCGGGAGUGAUGACGCUCGACCAAAUUGCAGUCCUUGCUGGGAAACCAAUUUCAAAACUUUGUGCCAUGGGUAAUACGACAAGCUAUGGAGGACCUAGUGGAAGUUAUAGCAACACCGCUAUCCCGAUUAAAUUAAAGCCAAAGUUGAUUGAAAGUUUAGAAGAAAGGCGGAGUGCAGUGAAAAUAGGUGCUGCCGAUAUAGCAGCACAGCAACUUUCAUAUAAUGUUAUGUCAAUGGCAGCACUCGCUGGUGCUGCAACAAUGUUACAUUGUCUUCCUCCAUCUCCACAACCUCUUAACCCAUUGAUAAAACCAUUAAUGGAAGCUAUUAAACGUGAAGAAAAUGAAGAACUACAAAAACUGGCUGCAAAGCAUUUGUCGUAUUUAGUUGAUCUCUGUGUAGAUAGAAAACCUACUCCUAAUGCAAAGAUAUCGACCAAUUUAUGUACAUUCCUAUGCUCGGACACUGAAUUUACACCUCGUGUAAAUUGUAAUACAAACACAAAUCUAUUUGACGGAAUUCUUACUUUAAGCAAUAGACAGAAACAUGCUGAAAGAAUAGCUUAUAAUCGGGGAACCAACAGCGGACUUAGUGGAGGCAGAGGGCCUGGCCGGCCACCAACAACUGAAAUUCCUUUAUUAGAACUACUUGCUUAUGAAGAACCUGAAGCUAAGGCUGAUAGAACACGUCGUCGCGGAGCUACUUUAGCACUUACCGCUAUAGCUACUCUAUUUGGUGCACAAUUACCUACACGUUUACCGCAUCUUUGGGAACUAAUAUUACCAAACGUAUUACAAGAAAAAGACAAAAUCGGUAGUCGUGAAAAUAUUGAAGAAGAAGUAAAUCAGUUAAUUUUUGGUUUACAAGUUUUAGAAGUUAUGGCUCCCAGCCUUCAUAAAGCCUUACUGCCUCCUGUCCUAGAGUGCCUUUCAUUCUUAUGUGAAUUAUUGGCUCAUCCUUACAAAGCUGUCAGACACAUGGCAUCCAGAUGUAUAGCUGUAUUAGCUACAUUAGAUACAGAGAAGAUAAUAAUGCAGGUUACAAGCCGUGUAAUACCACUUCUAGAAUCAACUGGUGGAGAGAAAAUAUACUCAGCGACUGUAACAGCACCAAGCGAAGUAGAUUCAGUAAAACAAGGCGCAGCUGAAGCGUUAGCGUGUCUUGUCGAAAGUUUAGGUGUUAAUAUCGUUCCAUACGCUGUGCUGUUUAUGGUUCCUUUGCUUGGGCGUAUGAGUGAUCAAAAUCAGGCUGUAAGAUUAGCUUGUAGUGUUACGUUCGCAACACUCGUGCAACUUUUGCCCCUUGAUCCUGGUGCGAUUACGGAUCCACCAGAUUUAAUAGAAAAGAAAACACAAGAAUGGCGAUUCUUAGAACAACUUUUGAAUCCACAAAGUAUCCCAGAUACCGUAUUACCGAUUCCAGUAUCUGCAGAGUUACGUUCUUAUCAACAACAAGGCUUAAAUUGGUUAAAUUUCUUGAAUCGUUAUCGACUUCAUGGUGUUUUAUGCGAUGACAUGGGCCUUGGAAAAACUUUACAAACUCUUUGUAUACUAGCUUUAGAUCAUCAUCGUAAUCCUCGUGCCCCACCAAGCUUGGUAGUGUGUCCGCCAACUCUAACUGGUCAUUGGGUGUAUGAGGCAGAAAAGUUCUUCAAAACCAAAGAUCUCUCAGUGUUACAAUAUGUUGGCACCCCACCUGAGCGUGAAAAAUUACGUCCAAUGGUUACUUAUCACAAACUCAUCGUUGCAAGUUAUGAAAUAAUGCGUAAGGAUAUCGAUUAUUUCGAAACAUGUCAAUGGAACUACUGUGUGCUCGAUGAAGGUCACAUUAUUAAAAAUGGAAAGACAAAAAGUGCUAAGGCAACUAAGCGAUUACAUGCGAAUCAUAGACUUAUACUUUCGGGAACACCAAUACAAAACGAUGUACUUGAAUUAUGGUCCUUGUUUGACUUUUUAAUGCCAGGUUUCCUGGGUACUGAGAAACAAUUUGCGGCAAAGUACUCACGUCCUAUACUAGCCUGUAGGGAACCAAAAGCUGGCCCAAAAGAACAAGAGGCGGGAGCUUUAGCAAUGGAAGCACUUCAUAGACAAGUUUUGCCAUUCUUACUUAGACGAAAUAAAGAAGAUGUCCUCAAAGAUUUACCACCAAAAAUUACACAAGACUAUUAUUGCGACUUAUCGUCAUUACAACGUACGCUAUACGAAGAUUUCCAUACUCGACGUUCUGUCACUUUAUUAUCCGCUACGUCGUGCACUUCAACUGGAAAUAAUGGUUGUAGUGUCUUUGAAGCAUUACGAUAUCUGCGUAAUGUUUGUAAUCAUCCCAAAUUAGUAUUAAAUCCACGACAUCCGUUAUACGCUACUGUGUGUAAUACAUUGAAACAACGAAAGAGCACAUUAGCCGAGAUAGAAUAUGCAGCCAAGUUACCUGCAUUAAAACAAUUAUUAUUAGAUUGUGGCAUAGGACAGCCACAGCGACAACAAAACCGCAAUUCUGUAACUACUGAUGGUACAUCAGAUAAUCAACCACCGCAGGAGCAACAGUUAGUGAGCCAACAUCGAGCUUUAAUUUUUUGUCAAUUGAAAGCAAUGCUAGAUAUCGUGGAAAAAGAUCUUCUUUGUGCACAUUUACCUACUGUUACAUAUCUUCGUCUCGAUGGAAGUGUACAAACUACGCAAAGGCAUUCCAUAGUAACACGUUUUAACGCAGACCCAUCCAUAGACGUGCUUCUGUUAACGACUCAAGUCGGUGGUCUUGGAUUAAAUCUAACUGGCGCUGACACUGUUAUAUUCGUGGAACAUGACUGGAAUCCUAUGAAAGAUCUUCAAGCGAUGGAUCGAGCACAUCGUAUUGGUCAAAAAAAAGUAGUGAACGUAUACAGGUUAAUCACAAGAUCGACAGUAGAGGAAAAGAUCAUGGGACUGCAGAAAUUCAAACUUCUUACAGCAAAUACCGUAAUUUCAACGGAAAAUGCAUCUCUAGAAACAAUGGCAACUGAUCAGCUACUUGACUUGUUUACAUUGGACGAUGGCAAAGAGAAAAAAUCAGAAAUACAAGAUGAUGCCACGUCUAAAAUUAGUGAGGUUCCAGGCAUUAGCCGUUCUGUUUUAGAAAUUCUCCCUGAACUAUGGGAACAACAACAAUAUGACGAUGAAUAUGACAUUCAGUCAUUUCUAUCUACUUUAAAGUGAGCUUAUGAUUUUACACAUCAGUAUCAUCGAGUACAUUUAUUUAACAGUUACAUGUGUUUAAGAUGAUCACUUUGUGAAACAUACACGAAUCUGACCUGAUAGCAAAACAGUAAUCUUAAUUUUAUGGACUGAGAAUGACAAAUAAUCAAUGGAUAUAUAAAGGAAUAUACGAAUCACUUAUAAAAAAGAAAAGAUACGGAAGGAAAAAACUCAGAUAAAUAAGAUUAUAUUGAUUAAGUACUAUGAGUAAGCGAGUCUUGUUUAUUUAUAAUAACUUAUAAAAAUGUUGAUACAAUUACAAUUCCGUAUUUGUACCAAACAA